GUACAGAUGAGUUUUUAGAGCUGACUUUGGGGUUCCCCUUUGGUAUGGGAGUUGGACAUUGAUUCCAGUGGCUCCGUGGAUAGAGAGGAUCGGAGCUGGUAGCACUGGGAUGGAGCCAGAAAUAUGAUGGAGCUAAAAAUGAAGUUUUGGAGAAAGAAAGUGAACUAGAGCUCCAUGAACCUGCCCCCUGACAAGGCCCGGCUCCUGCGGCAGUACGACAACGAGAAGAAGUGGGAUUUGAUCUGUGACCAGGAACGAUUCCAGGUGAAGAACCCCCCACACACUUAUAUCCAGAAACUCCAGAGCUUCUUGGACCCCAGCGUAACUCGGAAGAAGUUCAGGAGGAGAGUGCAGGAGUCGACCAAAGUACUGAGGGAGCUGGAGAUCUCGCUUCGUACCAACCACAUUGGGUGGGUGCGGGAGUUUUUGAAUGAUGAAAACAAAGGCCUGGAUGUGCUGGUGGAUUACCUGUCCUUUGCUCAAUGUUCUGUCAUGUUUGACUUUGAGGGUCUGGAGAGUGGUGACGAUGGUGCAUUUGACAAGCUCCGGUCCUGGAGCAGGUCCAUCGAGGACCUGCAGCCACCCAGCGCCCUGUCAGCCCCCUUCACCAACAGCCUCGCUCGCUCUGCGCGCCAGUCUGUGCUCCGGUACAGCACUCUGCCUGGGCGCAGGGCCCUGAAGAACUCCCGCCUGGUGAGCCAGAAGGAUGAUGUCCAUGUCUGCAUCCUUUGUCUCAGAGCCAUCAUGAACUAUCAGUACGGCUUCAACCUGGUCAUGUCCCACCCCCAUGCUGUCAACGAGAUUGCGCUCAGUCUCAACAACAAGAAUCCAAGGACCAAAGCCCUUGUCUUGGAGCUCCUAGCAGCCGUGUGUUUGGUGCGGGGAGGUCACGAAAUCAUUCUUGCUGCCUUUGACAACUUCAAAGAGGUAUGCAAGGAGCUGCACCGCUUUGAGAAGCUGAUGGAGUACUUCCGGAAUGAGGACAGCAACAUCGACUUCAUGGUGGCCUGCAUGCAGUUUAUCAACAUCGUGGUGCACUCGGUGGAGGAUAUGAACUUCCGGGUCCACCUGCAGUAUGAGUUUACUAAGCUGGGGCUGGAGGAGUUCCUGCAGAAGUCAAGGCACACAGAGAGCGAGAAGCUGCAGGUGCAGAUCCAGGCAUACCUGGAGAACGUGUUCGACGUGGGGGGUUUGCUGGAGGAUGCCGAGACCAAGAACGUGGCCCUGGAGAAGGUGGAGGAGCUGGAGGAGCAUGUGUCGCACCUCACAGAGAAGCUUCUGGACCUAGAGAACGAGAACAUGAUGCGGGUGGCGGAGCUGGAGAAGCAGCUGCUGCAGCGGGAGAAGGAACUUGAGAGCAUCAAGGAGACUUACGAGAACACGAGCCACCAGGUGCACACCCUGCGGCGGCUCAUUAAAGAGAAGGAGGAGGCCUUCCAGCGCCGGUGCCACUUGGAGCCCAAUGCCCGGGACUUAGAGUCGGUGGGCAGUGAGGCCCUGGCCCGGGCGGGCUCUGCAGAGCUGAGCAUGGGCAUGCCAUCCUCUGACCUAGACCUCCUGGCUCCAGCCCAGCCCCCUGAGGAGGCCCUCCCUUUGCCUCCUCCACCUGCUCCUCCCUUGCCCCCUCCACCUCCCCCUUUACCAGACAAGUGUCCCCCCGCCCCACCUCUCCCUGGUGCCGCUCCCUCUGUGGUGCUGACAGUAGGCCUGUCAGCCAUUCGCAUCAAGAAGCCUAUCAAGACCAAGUUCCGGCUGCCUGUCUUUAACUGGACAGCGCUGAAACCCAAUCAGAUCAGUGGCACCGUCUUCAGCGAACUUGAUGAUGAGAAAAUCUUGGAGGACCUGGACCUGGACAAGUUUGAAGAACUGUUCAAGACGAAAGCCCAGGGCCCUGCCCUUGACCUCAUCUGCUCUAAGAACAAGACAGCACAAAAGGCCGCCAGCAAGGUGACCCUGUUGGAAGCCAAUCGUGCCAAGAACCUGGCCAUCACCCUACGCAAGGCUGGCCGCUCAGCUGAGGAGAUCUGCAGGGCCAUCCACACGUACGACCUACAGACACUACCUGUGGACUUCGUGGAGUGCCUGAUGCGCUUCCUGCCCACAGAGGCCGAAGUGAAGCUGCUGCGGCAAUACGAACGGGAGCGGCAGCCCUUGGAGGAGCUGGCGGCUGAGGACCGCUUCAUGCUGCUCUUCAGCAAGGUGGAGCGGCUGACCCAGCGAAUGGCAGGCAUGGCCUUCCUGGGCAACUUCCAGGACAACCUGCAGAUGCUCACUCCGCAACUCAAUGCCAUCAUUGCAGCCUCUGCCUCUGUCAAGUCCUCACAGAAGCUGAAGCAGAUGUUGGAGAUCAUACUUGCACUGGGGAACUACAUGAACAGCAGCAAGCGGGGUGCUGUGUAUGGCUUCAAGCUCCAAAGCCUGGAUCUGCUGCUGGACACCAAGUCCACUGACAGGAAGAUGACAUUGCUGCAUUUCAUCGCCUUGACGGUGAAGGAGAAAUACCCAGACCUGGCCAACUUCUGGCACGAGCUGCACUUUGUGGAGAAGGCUGCAGCAGUGUCCCUGGAGAACGUGCUGCUAGAUGUGAAGGAGCUGGGCCGGGGCAUGGAGCUGAUUCGGCGCGAGUGCAGCAUGCAUGACAACAGUGUCCUUCGGAGCUUCCUCAGCACCAAUGACGGCAAAUUGGACAAGCUCCAGCGCGACGCCAAGACAGCGGAGGAGGCCUACAAUGCAGUGGUGCGCUACUUCGGUGAGAGUCCCAAGACCACACCUCCUUCUGUAUUCUUCCCAGUAUUUGUCCGAUUCAUUCGUUCUUACAAGGAAGCAGAACAAGAGAAUGAGGCCCGCAAGAAGCAGGAGGAGGUGAUGCGGGAGAAGCAGCUGGCUCAGGAAGCCAAGAAGCUGGAUGCCAAGACCCCAUCCCAGCGGAACAAGUGGCAACAGCAGGAGCUAAUUGCUGAGUUGAGGCGGCGCCAGGCCAAGGAGCACAGGCCUGUGUACGAGGGGAAAGAUGGUACCAUUGAGGACAUCAUCACAGUGCUGAAGAGUGUCCCUUUCACGGCCCGUACUGCCAAGCGGGGCUCACGCUUCUUCUGUGAUGCAGCCCACCAUGAUGAGUCAAACUGUUAACCCCCAAGGCUGGGGCCCUUGACAGGUCUCCACCAGCCCAUUGUCGUUCGCCACCAAGCCCGGAGUGUGGCCCCACCCAGUGGCCCACCUCGGGCGCCAGGCCCCCACUAA